CUAGCCCACGCGAGCAUUUGGGCUGCUCUGGAGCCCCCUCUCCGCCUCUUGGUCCCAACCUGCCCUUCUCUCUCCCUCGCCACACAGCAGGCAGACGAGAGCCUCAACUUCGAGGAGCAGAUUCUGGAGGCUGCCAAGUCCAUCGCUGCAGCAACCAGUGCGCUGGUGAAGGCCGCCUCAGCCGCCCAGAGGGAGCUGGUGGCCCAGGGGAAGGUGGGGACCAUCCUGCAGCCAACGCCGGUGGAUGACGGGCAGUGGUCCCAGGGGCUCAUUUCGGCUGCCCGGAUGGUGGCCGCUGCCACCAACAACCUGUGUGAGGCAGCAAAUGCCGCUGUCCAGGGCCACGCCAGCGAAGAGAAGCUCAUCUCUUCGGCCAAGCAAGUGGCCGCCUCCACAGCACAGCUACUGGUGGCCUGCAAGGUGAAGGCCGACCAAGACUCAGAGGCCAUGAAGCGCCUGCAGGCUGCUGGCAAUGCCGUGAAGAGAGCGUCGGACAAUCUGGUGAAGGCAGCCCAGAAAGCAGCUGCCUUCCAGGAUCACGAGAAUGAGACCGUGGUGGUGAAGGAGAAGAUGGUGGGCGGGAUCGCACAGAUCAUUGCUGCCCAGGAAGAGAUGCUGCGCAAAGAGCGGGAACUGGAGGAGGCACGCAAGAAGCUGGCCAUGAUCCGGCAGCAGCAGUACAAGUUCCUGCCUUCGGAGUUGCGGGACGAAGGGCCGAAUUGAACCACCGGGCCCCCCGGCCUCUGCCUAGCCCUCUUCCCAAUUUAAUCGCAAGCCUUCUGAGCAUCCGUUGUGGGCAGGUUUUCUCCCCACGCUGGAGGGGGCCGAGACCUGCCUGCUGCUGCACCAGCAACUCUGCUCACCGCACAAGCCUCUGGGCCACGUCCCGGGCGGGGGUGGGGGGUGGGUGGGUGGAGUACCAUCUGGCCUCCUUCCUUUUCUCCCGGGAUCUUCCUUGUGCCUUGGCCAUUUGGCCUGCCCUCGUGGAGGAGGAGGGAUCCGCCACUCCUCUGUGCCUUCCUGUCGCGGCCUGACUGUGCAAUGCAGAAGGGGGCUGUCGCCUCGGCCGGCCCCCUCCCACCCUCUGGACCCACUGGAAGGAUGCCUCCUUUGCAGGCCUGCAUGUCUGCUGCUGCCAGCCUGGCAUGCCCUUCCACCCGGUUCUGCCUCACUCUCCCAGCUGGUGCCUCCCCCGCUGCUGCUGCUGCUGCUCAUUGGUUUCCCAAGUGCCUGCCUGGCCGGCCCCACUGUGGUUGGCUGAGGUGCCCAAUUCUCCCCCCCCCCCCGGCUUCACCCGGCAGUAACUCUGCGGCUCUGAGCUGAAGCUCCUCUCUCCCCACGGCUUCUUUUCAGGAUCCGCCACCUGCUGCAGCAUCUCCCCUUUUGUAAUUUUGAUAUGUCAAUAAAGCUGCCUCUGUA